AUGACAUCCACGCAAUUUGAUGUUAUCGUUGUUGGAGCAGGGGUUGUUGGACCGGCAAUUGCCACUGCUCUUGCAAGACAAGGUAGAAAGGUCCUUAUUGUCGAAAGAAGUUGGGAAAAGCCCGAUAGAAUCGUUGGAGAAUUGAUGCAGCCUGCAGGAUUGAAGGCAUUAAGAGAGCUAGGAAUGAUUCAGGCAGUUAAUAAUAUCGAAGCUACGUUUGUAGAAGGGUACUACAUCAAGUAUAACGACGAUGUUGUGUCAUUGAAGUAUAUGGAGAAAUCCAAGGCACAGGUUACCAACCCCACUCAUCCUGUGCCAGGGUGUGUCAAGGAUGGAAACGACAAGUUGCUCUCAGACGGUGUGGUUGACGCCACGGAUUGGGAGAUGGAUUCAAGAGUAAGAGGAAUUGCCUUCCAUCAUGGAGACUUUCUCAUGAAUCUUCGUUCUAUUGUGAAACUGGAGCCUAAUGUGACUGCAUUGCAGGGAAAUGUCACUCAAAUUAUACGAGAUGAUGAACAAGUUGUCAACGGAGUCAAGGCUAAAUUGACCAAUGCUGAUGGAUCCACAGAGAUUCAGACAUUCAGUUCGAAAUUAGUGGUUUGCUGUGACGGGAUAUAUUCGAAGUUCCGUAAGGAGCUCUCCAAAGAUAAUAUACCACACACUGGCUCUCAUUUCGUUGGGUUGAACCUUGUGGAUGCUAAGUUACCCAUGCCUCAUCGUGGACAUGUUAUCUUGGGUGACCAUGCACCGGCUAUUAUUUAUCAAAUAUCCCCACACGAUACUAGAAUCUUAUGUGCUUAUCGAUCCACCACUCCACCUUCACAGACGCUGAAUGAAUUUCAAGAGUAUUUGUACAACGAAGUUUUACCAUCUCUCCCUAAAGAGACUCAACCUUCAUUCCUACAGGCUUUAAAGAGCAAGAAAUUUAAAGUCAUGCCUAAUCAGUAUUUAGCGGCCAAGAAGCAAGGUGCUCAAAGAGGGUUGAUUAUGUUAGGAGACUCUUUAAAUAUGCGUCAUCCAUUGACCGGAGGUGGUAUGACCGUGGGUUUGAAUGAUGUUGCAUUGUUAGCUAAAUUAUUGCAGCCAGAAAAGGUUCCUGAUUUACAAGACUAUGAUAAGAUAGCCACCCAGUUGAAGCUUUUCCACUCCCGUAGAAAGAAUUUGGAUGCAGUGAUAAAUACCUUGUCCAUUGCACUCUACUCGCUUUUCGCAGCCGACAAGAACUCGUUAAAGAUAUUACAAAAGGGGUGCUUCAAGUAUUUCUUACGGGGAGGAGAUUGCAUGAGCGGACCAAUGGGAUUACUUUCAGGUAUGUUACCCUUCCCAAUGUUAUUGUUCAACCACUUUUUCAGUGUGGCCUUCUAUGCUAUCUACUGUAAUUUUAUUGAUAGAGGGUUAUUGGGAUUUUUAGUAGCGUUUUUUGAAGCCUUUGAGGUCAUUUUCACCGCCAUAUAUAUAUUCAGUCCAUACUUAUGGAAAGAAUUGGUGUAA